CUGACCGCAGACACGCCCAGACUUUAUCGGUAUUCAGACUCAACCAAACUGAGCUUUUAGAUUAAGACACAUAUCUAAACACAAAUGGGGACUCAGGACGCCUCUGGGAGAGAAGACUGUCCUUUCUGCCAAAUAGCAGACAACCAGACUGACACGGACGUCCAGCUGAGCGAUGAUGAGCUGCUUUGUUUUCGUGACAUACAGCCUGGAGCCGCACAUCAUUACCUUGUUGUUCCCAGGACGCACAUCGACAACUGCAAAUGUCUUCAGGAAGACCACAUACCUCUGGUGGAGCGGAUGGUAGAAAUGGGAUGGAGUGUACUGAAGAAGAAUAAAGUCAGCAACAUGGAUGACGUCAGGAUGGGGUUUCAUAUUCCUCCAUUCUCAUCUGUUCCCCACCUCCAUCUCCACGCUCUGGCUCCAGCCAGUGAGAUGACCAUCAAGUCGCAGCUACGAUACGGACCCCAGACUCACUGGUUCAUCACAGUCGACAAAGUGCUUUCUCAGUUGAAGACACGUGGCAAGGUCAAAUGAAGAGAUAAAAAGAGUCUGAAGACUUUAUUUUAUUUUGACGGGUCAUCCCGCUUCACUGAGUGCAAUUUUAAAUCAGUUCACUACCUGACUUGACAUUAUUGUUUUAAAGAGUUAUAAUGGUGUUUAUGUAUCCAUGCUGCCUGAUGAUUCAUAUGUGGGGGAAAAUGAAAAAAAGGCUCAGUUUUUUUAAGUGGAAGCUGUAAAAAAUAUUUUUUAAUAACGGAUUCUAGUCCAAUUAAAAAUAAUAUUGUGCAAUAGAAAAGGAUAAUUACAGAUUUUAGUAUAUGUAUUAUUUAUUUAAAAUCAAACAUCUGGGACUAACUUGAAAACGCAUUGAUUAAUAAAGUUAAAGAAAUAAUUGAAUUUGUACUUUUUACCACAUUAAGUCAGUAUUUAUGGGGAUGCUGAAUCAUUUUUGUUUAUUUUUCCAUAUCUGUUUGUUUAUAUGAAGUGGAUAACUUGAAACAGCUGCUUAUGUCUUUAAUAUAUUUGUGUAACAACCUAUUUGAUGCUCUGGAGUACAACCUAUCUUUAAAUAUUAAUAUAAUUGUAUACAGCGGGUAAAAUAAGUAUUGAACACGUCACCAUUUUUCUCAGUAAAUAUAUUUCUAAAGGUGCUAUUGACAUGAAAUUUUCACCAGAUGUCGGUAACAACCCAAGUAAUCCAUACA